CUGUGAGCUGCUGCAAGUACUGUUCAGUGCUCUUAAUGCAUGUUGGAGGUCCACCUUACAGUGGUUACAGUGUAUAUCAGAACAUACCCUAAAAAUAAUGUGCUCAUAUGUGGUAUAGUAUAGUAAGUAAAAGAUCGAAAAAUGGCGUCUUCGGAAAUUGACGAUUUUUUAUCUGGACCACUUGUCACCUGGUUCGUUAGUUGCCUUGAAGAUCCAGACGCACUAGCAAAUUAUAAUGAUUUAGUUGACGGCAUGCUUUUGCAUAACGUUUUUUUACAAAUUGACCCAGAGCCGCUCCAUGAUGGAGUGAUACCGAGUUACAGUAACCCGUCAGUUCGCAUUAAAAAUUUAGAAAUGAUUAUCGGGAACAUUCGUCAGUUUUACGAGGAAGAAUUGGGUUACUUGGUGGUAAAAUUACCAGAUCCUGUUAAAUUAGGCAAAGAGCCAGAGCUACAUGUACCCGAAAUCCACUUGCUGUUGCAAUUAUUGCUCGGCUGUGCGGUCCAGUGUCCAAAUAAGAAAGAUUUUAUAACUAAAAUCCGUUCGCUUCCCGAGAUUAUUCAGCUGGAAAUAGCUGAGUGCAUUAAAAAUGUUACGGAAAUGCCGGAGAUUGUUGUAAAUCAAGACACUAUGGACAAUGUACCCGAAGUAUUUAAAUUAAUAAAGCAAUUAUUACAUGAGCGGGAUUUUUAUCAGAGCAAGUGGAAGUCAGUGACGGCGGGAGAUCUAUCGGGAGCCGCGGGCUCGCCUAGUCAAGAUGAUGCUGCGAAAAGUCAGCAAGCGAGCGCGGUAAAGUCUGAUCAGGAGAACCAUCAUUAUGCGGUGGAGUUGGCUGACUGGAAGUCGAAGAUCCGGAAACAGAGGCAUGAGCUGGAGGAAAAAACUGAAGCUCUUGCUGAAUGCAAGGAAGAACUCGAGCAUAUGAAGAUGACUGUCGCUAAAUUGAAGCAGGAGAACCAAGAACUGAUGCACGAGGCACGAGCGGUUAAAAGUUAUCGCGAUGAACUGGAUGCCAUGAUGCAGAAAGCCGAGCGAGUUGAUAAGUUGGAGGCUCAGGUGCUGCGUUAUCAGGAAAAAAUAUCAGAUAUUGAUUUUUAUAAGAUCAGGGUAGAAGAGCUGAGAGAAGACAACCGGAUGCUGAUGGAGAAUCGCGAGAUGCUGGAGGACCAGUUGAAUAUUCAAAAGAGACGAGCGGAGAAAGCUUUUGAAUUGGAGUCAGAAAUCAUAAAAUAUAAACAGCUGAUUAAUGACAUGGUACUGGAGCGCGCUGCAGAGAAAGAAAAGUACCAGGAACUGCAGGAGGAAAAUAGUCAGCUGCAUAAAUUAAAAAAAGCUGCUGAUGAUGAAGCUGCUCGGGCUUCAGUUAGCGAGUCUGAGGAAUCAGUAUCUGAUAACCGGUUGUCUGAACAGCUGACCAAUAAUGCGCAGACGAGGGCGCUGAAAUUAGAGCUGGAGAAUCGCCGACUGAGUGCUUUAGUCGAUUCGUUUAAAGAAAAUUCAUUCCACGAGUCUUCUUCCCGGCUCUUGGAGCUAGAGAAGGAAAAGAAAAAAUUGUCUUUGAAAAUUGACUCCCUCACUGAUAACAAUGAACGUCUCGCCCAACAAAACGCCGAUUUAGAGUCAGUGUGUAAGCAAGCGUUGGAGGAGAACAAAAAAUUGCAAAACACUUUGAAAAAUCAGCGGAUGUCUUUCGAACGUCAGCAGCAGGACUAUCAGACCCAGCAUACCAAGAUUGUGGAGAUGGAAAAUAAUUAUGAGACAGUUGUCAAAGAGAAGCAACGCGUGCAGUCGCUUCUUGAAAGUGUGCAGAGACGCGCUGACGAGCUUGAUCGUUCCCUGGAGUCUGCUAAUCAAAAGCUAGAUGAAUAUCGAAAUGUGGAGAAGAAAUUAAAGGACACUGAAGUUAAGUGUAAUGAUCUUGAGGCCAAGAUACUGGCUCUGGAAAAAGACAAAGACGCGGCGCUGAGAGAUGUUCAUAAGUACCGUGAAGCUAUUGAGGAGAAAGACGUGGCGAUUGAUAAGUCUACCAAUACUAUUGAGGUUUUGGAGAAAAAGAUUCAGGAGUUGGAACGUGAGAUUGAUAAUUCAAACUCUCAGAUUACUAGAUUGCAAGAGAUUGAACGGUCGAGUAAAGAAUUGGACGCACGCGCGGCAAUCGAUAAAGAAACUCUCGAAACUUUGGAAUCCAAUUUGAUAGCCGAGAAAAUGAAUACCCAGCAAAUUCACGCGGCUUUAGAUAAAUUGGGGCUUACUGUCGAUGUUUUGUUGUCAUUGUCUGCGGAAAAUGUUGCUGAGAAGCUGAUUAGUUUACCGGAAGUUGCUGUGCAUGUCAAUAAAUUGAUCAACGAGAGUUUGAAAAAUAAUUCGGACGUUCCGGUGAGCAAAGACCGCGAGGACGAGGAGAUGAAGCCGCUGAAAGAACACCUGGAGAUGAUUGAGUCCCUGAGGAAAGAGUUGGAGAGCACGGCCAUGAAGUUGAUGACCAGCGAGAGUACUGCUGAGAACUUGCUGGAGGAACAAGCGAAGCUUCAAGUCUCGGUGACUACUUUGACGUCGAAGAACUCGUCGCUGAAUGCUCAGUGCACUGCGCUGCAGUUGGCAAACUCUCAGCUGGUUGCUGAGAAAGAAGAGUUGCUCAAGGAUCGGGAAAUGCAGCAGAGAACUCAUCAGCAGCUGCUACAUGACCAGAUGACACUGCAGUCAUUGCACGAGCAGUUGAAUAACGAGUACGAAAAUUUGGUCCAGGAGCGGGAAAAUUUAAAAACAAAUUUGAGAGACAUCAAAACUAAAGAAAGAACUUGGAAGGAAACUUGUGAGAGACUCGAGUCAAAGAAUAAGAAUUUGAUGACUGAGCAGGAAGCCUCCGCGAACCAUAUCAAGAGUUUGAAUAAUUUGCGCGGCGAACACUCGAAACUUAAAGAUGAUUUUAGAAAUCUGUACUCUGCGAUGGAGAAACUUAAAAUAGACUAUCGUAGUCUGCAGGAAGAUUAUAAGAAGAAUAAAAUUGAGAGCAAUAGGUUGAGUUUGAAGCUGACGGAGCUCCAAGGCGAGUUGAGUAUCAAAGACGAGUCUUAUUCAAACAUGGAGCUGCAGAACAGCAAACUGAACCAGCGGUGCGAGAUGCUCGCGCAGAUGAACUCCGGGUUAGACAACAACCGGCGCUCGCUGAUGGAUCACGUCAGCAUGCUGCUGAAUCAGUACCAAGAUCUGCUGACCCACUCGCUUGAGGACAAAGAGCACUACCACAUGGAGGAGAAAGUCUACCGCGAUCAAGUAAAUCAUCUGUCAAGACAGAAAGAGAAGUUGGAAGAAAAAAUAAUGGAGUACUACCGCAACAAGCAGAGUUGCUCCACUAAAAAGAAAAGAUUCGGUGCCAAUUUGGUUAAGAGAGUAAGAAAAGCGGGCUCUGAACUUUUGCACAAGAACAGACAGUCUUGGACUGAAGACUCGAGACAAGACAGCAAAAUCUACGAGUCUGAGUCAGGGGGAAAUGAUUCUGAUAUCAGCGUUGAUGAGCGCCGGGCAUCUCUAGAUCCAACUGGAUUUGAUAACGAUUCUUUGUCAUUAGGACACCCUGGCACCCGUAGAACAGUUUAUUAUACCGAUGACUUUCCGUCCCCAACUUCUUCACUAACUAACGAGUCAAAAUUAGCCGACAGCUUGCCAAUACCUUCAGCUCACGACACUGAGGGUCCUAGUAAUUUAGAUACAUCAAGAACAGAAGUACGACCCGUUGAGUCAAGACCAUUUUUAAUUUACAAUAAAAUAUCAGCUGUUAUAAAUGAACCAAAAAAUACGAUCGCGCCAGAAAAUUCAGGACAAAAUGACGAAAUUACAGACACAACGAUACCCGUCAACAAAGACGGCAACUCAAAAGUCGGUAAUUCCAUUUGGUACGAAUACGGAUGCGUUUAAUUUUUGCCCAUUUUUUUUCUUUUAAUAUUAAAAAAAAAAAAAAAAGAAAAUUACUGCAUAAUCAAAACAGUUAAUACGUAAUCUAAUACGUAUUUUAAUUAAAUUUUACUAAUUACUAUAGUAAUUGACUGAGUAUUUAAAUUGAUGUUAAAAAAUAAAACGGUAUUUAAAUGAAUGCUAUUGUCAAAUUUUAAAAUAAAACAUAUAUUUAUAUAUAUAUAUAUAAUGAUGUUAAACAUUUAAUGAUGCGAUUUUUGUAAGUGUGUGUAUAUGUUUUUUUUAAUUUUUUUUCUAUAAACUAUUUAGUGUACAGUAACGGCGCAUUUUUUUAUAAUUCAUUUUGUAUAGAAUUUUUAAAUUGUUAGACUUAAGUUUUACGAUGAAUACUAGUGACUUUUUUAGCGACAACGAAUAAAGUAACUCAGAAAAUCGUCCGUUUAUUUUUAACUAGACAAUAAAAAAGUGUACUUGGUAAUAAUUAAUAACAUUAACAAUAACAAUUAACAAACAGUGAUGAUAAUAAAUAUUGUCCGGCCAGAUGAAAGUAUUACUUGUAUUUAAAGACUA